CUCCGAAAAAAAAUGGCGGAGACUGAACUGCAGCUCCUGUGAGCUUCCCUGCAGUUUCACGCAGCACAUGCGGGCUGGCUGGGGUGUCGGUCACCAAGUUGGAGAUUUCAUGUUCAAUGGUCAGGCUGAACCCCUCCUGGUACGCGAGUUGUUGGAGGUUCUCAACUUCCAAAUGCAAUUCACAUAAGGCGGUCAUGGCCGCCAAGUGGUUCCAUGUCGAAUAGGAGCAGAUUCAGCCGCCGUAUUUUCCAAUGUCGCAAUCCCAGAGAGCCGUAGUCCUCGAGUCUGCCCAAGGCCUUCCAUCACUUCCUCUCGAUGAACAAAUAAUUCCACACGACACACGCUCAAUUGAUAGUUGGGAUUCGUCCAUUUCACCGACGAGGUCAUGUCCGCCUUGGACGAAUCCAACGUUUCGAUUUUCACAGGCUUCAAUCCCCUCGAUUGUCGGAAACCAGUUCACUUCGACCGAUCUGGGAAGCUCAGGUCUCCGCCGGCGCCCCGAAACUCCUCCGAGGUCAACGCUGCCCAUACCAAGCCCAAGGAGCACUCAGACACCUGCACAAAAUGGUGAUUAUUCACCUAGUCUAGCCUCUGAGAGUGGGCAAUCCGACUUUUUGACCAUUAAAACCAUUGAACACCUGGGCUUCGGUGCUCCGUGGCCACACAGGCUGCAUACGCAAGAUUCAAGAGAGUCUUCACGGUCGGACACGACCGAAAGUGACGCUGAAGGCUUGGGAAAUGAAGCCUCAUAUCAAAAUAUUCCUGAUGCUGCGCCCUGGGCCAUAACCAACAGUGACCUCAUCGAUGUUGACAAGAAGGCCCGUUCGUCCCAACCGUGGUCCCAGCCGUGCUCACACCCUAGUAUCGAGGAGUUCACAAGAUGUCUGGAUGAUGAAACAGAGUUGGAGCAAAUGACUGCCGAAGACAUCGGGGAUAAGCUGCGAAACGCAUACGUGGAAUCCAAACACAGAUCAACUGAUGGCUAUUUCGUGCCAGACGAUAAGUUGCAUGCCAUCCUCGAUUCCUCCGUGGUGAGGCAUCUCCUCCGCCAGUCAUUUCCCUCUGAAACGGACCAGCAAUUGGAUAUCAAGACUCAGGAAAUAUGCAGCGACCAGUACAUCUCUAGCCGAUGGAGGAUCUUUGCCAUCUUGGUCUUGAUUGGGAAUGUACACUACAUCAACGACUUUAUCGACAACCACAUCAGUGAUAGCCACCUUCCGCUGAGGCAGCAGAAGACCCAUUGGAAGAAAACUAGACGGAAUCCUUUCCUGGCGAGGGAAGACAGGAAAGAUGGCCCUGUGCGCACUUGUUUUAGCCAGUGGCGCCCCGAGCAUAUGGAUGCCUUCUGCAGAAGCCAGUACGAAAUUAUGGCGCCACUUCUUGACAUCGGCUGCGAAAAAGUUUACUUCUACAAGAUGGACGACAAGGUUAUCCUCCCUUUCCUGGGGUGGAACCGCAAAAUCAGCGGUGGCUACGGGACAGUCUGGAAAGUCAAAAUCCACGCAGCACAUCACAACUUCACUUGUUCGCAACAUGCACAAGCUCAGUUUCCAUACCUUUCACUCGGAGAAUACUUUUCUAACGGAUUGGAACAUAACAACAACCUUUUCUUUGCCGUCAAAGAAAUCCAUUCCGAAAACUACGAGGGAUACCGCGAUGAAGUGAGAGUCCUCGAAAGGUUUAGUGGGCCAAACAAGGGCCACCUCCACCUCAUUCGACUUCUGAUGGCCUUUCAACACGGCUCGAAAUAUUAUCUACUUUUCCCUUGGGCCAACGGAAACCUCGUCGACAUGUGGAAGUCUACCCGACUGAAUCCUCACGACUCGCAAAAUGUCCAAUGGCUCAUGGAACAAUGCCUCGGGAUAGUCGACGGGUUGGAAAAGAUCCACCAUCACAGAUCAUGGCAUAAAGACAAAGGGCCCGGCACCAGCGAUACCUCAGAGACGGUAUGGGAGAAAGAUAGGGGUACCCACGGCGACAUCAAACCCGAGAACAUAUUGUGCUUCAACUCUCCGGGAAAGCCCAGUCAUCUCGUCAUAUCCGAUUUCGGCUUGACCCGGUUCCAUUCGCGCAACUCCGUCUCCAACAUCGCUGUUGAGCUGGUCGGCGGCUUCUCUCGCACGUACCGCCCUCCGGAGUUCGACAUGCACACCCCGAUAUCUCGGAAAUACGAUAUUUGGAGCCUUGGCUGUUUGUUCCUCGAGUUUGUCACGUGGUUUCUUCUUGGCUACCAAGCGACUCGUGGAACUUUCCAAGACGAGCGCUUGCGAGACGACAAUCCCACCGUUCCUGCAUUCGAGGACGACAAAUUCUUCAACUUGACGCCCGCGCCGACGGGUCAGGGUCACUAUAUCGCAUCCGUGAAGGAAUCUGUACGGAAUUGGAUCAACCACCUUCGUGGCCUAGAUAACUGCUCCGACAGCGUGGCAGAUUUCCUAUAUUUGAUUCAAAAACAUCUUCUCGUUCCCGUAGUCGAUAGUCGCUGGAAGACUGACAGGAUCCGUUGCCGUUUAAGGGAGAUCCGUGACGAGUGCCUCAGGCGUGAGCAAUAUUGUGUCAACCGGACACACUCGUCACAGCCGCCUGAAAAUUCGACUUACGCACAACCGAUCGUGGGGCAGUUAAGAGAGGUAUCCACUCUAGCAAAUGUCCCAGAAGAUCCCGAUCUUGAGCUUUCCGGCGAUGGGGAAGAGGACGGCAUUCAGCUCAUUUUGGAUCUAAUGGAGAAGGAAGGAAAUGUAGUGAAUCAAACUACGUUCAGCUCCAACAGGACACCAGAACUGACUCCGGAGAAUACCAAGGUAUCCCAAGCUGUCGGGGGGCAUAACGAGAGACAAACGCAAUUGACAACCAAACACUCCCAAGGACUCGCCCAAGCUGAGGAGAACUACCAACUGUUGGGUACACCCCAAGCGCAUCACGAUAAUUCUCGAAAUGUUGCGCCUCGAUCACUUCCUCCAUUCCAAGGCCAGGAGACCACACUGAUGAACUUCGACACGCUGUUUUCGACCCAAAUGUCGCACGAGGAUAGGUUGUCAUCAGCAACGACGACAACGCCAGUGAUGACGGCACAGAACAGCAACGAAGGCCUCAGAUCCUUGAAAUAUUAUGAGGACCCCGCAAGGCACUUUUGCUUAGGUCAUGCGACUUAUGACAAGGAAGAUAGGGGCUCGGAUUUGCACCACGCCGGCGAUGGAUCAUUCCAUGGCUCUCAGGCCGACCAAACUCAACUAGUGCAGCAACCCAGCAGAAGCGUGCAGACGCAGGAUCCCCCAAUCUGUAUACCACCCGCCCAGACUGUACCAAAUGAGGCAUUUCAUGACCCUCCAGCCAGACCACUUCUAAACGGGAGCAAUUCAGGGACAGAAUGUAGAUACGAGGGUCAUACAAAUAAAAACGCCGAUGCGAAUGUACAUGAAAAGCCGCAGCCGCAGCGAGAGCAGAAAAUCAAAGUCAGGAAAGCGAGGGAGUACCGGAGGUGGAUCAGAGAAAGUUUUUGUAUCUUACGCAUCCGGCGGACAUAGAGUGUCAUUUUAACCAUACCAGAUACCCAAAAAGGAGUUUUUAAAAAGGUACAAAAAAUACCUAACUAAUAAAAUUGUAAUAACAAGUA